GAAGGCGCAGUUAUCGAGGAUGGAGAGUGUGUUGGAGGAGAGGGAGAGGGAAAGGACUGGCGUCCCUGACGCCAUCCUGCUGGAGGACUACCUCAGCGAAAAAGCUUUCAUCGAGAACCUGAGGAAGCGUUACAAUGAGAACCUCAUCUACACAUACAUCGGGCAGGUGGUGGUGUCCGUCAACCCCUACAAGGACCUGGGCAUCUACACCGAAAACCACCUCGAAAAGUACCGCAACGUCAACUUCUACGAGGUGCCGCCGCACGUGUUUGCCAUAGCUGAAAAUGCCCACAAAUCAAUGAUUUCAGAAGUUACUGAUCACUGCAUUUUGAUAUCUGGUGAAUCAGGUGCUGGGAAGACAGAGGCCAGUAAGCAAGUGCUGAGGUUCUUGGCAGCCACGUCACUUCACAGGAGGGAGGUUGACCGCAUCAGAGACCGACUUUUACAGAGCAACCCAAUUUUGGAGGCAUUCGGAAAUGCCAAAACCAACAGAAAUGAUAACUCAUCUAGAUUUGGAAAAUACAUGGAUAUUGAGUUCAAUUUUAAGGGAGAUCCAGUAAGUGGCCACAUCUUGAACUACCUCCUUGAGAAGUCUCGUGUAGUGCAUCAGGAAAUCGGUGAGAGGAACUUCCAUGUCUUCUAUCAACUCCUUGCUGGUGGACCGUCAGAGCUCCUUGAAAAGUUGCACCUGGAGAAAAAUCCAGAGAGUUACUUUUACCUCAAACAGGGGAAAAGUUGUAAUGUGGAUUCUGUCAAUGAUUCUGGAGAUUUCAAGACUGUGCAACAAGCCUUGAACACCCUCAACUUCACUGAGGAAGAACAGGAUGCUAUAUGGGGAGUGGUUGGGGCCAUCCUGCAUCUUGGUAACGUCUCCUUCAAGGCCAGUGAUGAUGGUCUGGCAAAGGUGGUGGAUGACCAACAUGUUGUAUACUGCAGCAAGUUGUUGGGUUGUGAGAGCAGUGAGCUGCUGCUGGCCCUCACCCACCGCACCAUUGAGGCACGUGGAGAUGUUGUCACUUCUCCCCUCAACCCUGAACAGGCAGUGUAUGCUCGUGAUGCUUUGGCUAAGUCAGUGUAUGAGCGAGUAUUCAACUGGCUGGUUACAAGGCUCAACCACUCCCUGUCUAGCACAGAGUCUGGAAGGAAAACACUCUUAGGAAUUCUGGAUAUAUAUGGAUUUGAAAUAUUUGAUAAAAAUGGAUUUGAGCAGUUCUGUAUCAACUACUGCAAUGAAAAGCUGCAACAAAUUUUCAUUGAGCUGACGCUGAGGAGCGAGCAGGAUGAGUACCAGCGGGAAGGGAUCAAGUGGGAGAAAGUGGACUACUUUGAUAACAAGAUUAUUUGUGACCUGGUAGAAGAGAAACACAAAGGCAUAAUUUCUCUACUGGAUGAGGAGUGUCUUCGUCCUGGAGAUGCAACUGAUGCCACCUUCCUGACCAAAAUGAACACUCAUCUGGCAAAGCACAAACAUUACUUCAGUUAUGACACAUCUAACAAUGCAAAGGUGUUGUUCUGGAUCGCAAGUGGCCUCAGCCACCAAGCUCAUGCACUGAGGCCUCAAAGAUUUUGA